AUGGGCCUCAAGCGUCCCGCAGAAGAUGUCGAAACAAUCGAUGUGCAAGAGGAUGCCCAGGCCGUUCAGGUGCCGGCCGUCCAACUCCCUGCUCCGAAACCGCGGCCGGAUAAGGAGAAAGCGUUGCGCUGGAGGUUCUCCCCAGCUGCCGAGGCCAUUGAUGACUCCUGCUGUUUCGCGAGAGUCCAGAUCGAUGGAGUGGUUCGCCAAUGUGACCAGAAGCGACACAAGGACCGAGUGCCGCAGGAGUGGUUCUGCACGCAGCACUCAGGAAACCGCUGGCAAAUCCUGGGAAGAGUGGAUGGAGACAUCCCCAAGGCGCAGCUCGCCCAUGUGCUUCAGAAGGCAGCGGAGCCCCGGGAAAGCCAAAGUUAUCCACAGGCCAUUCCGAAAGGCGGCAGAAAGGUGCUGCCAAAGACUGGCCUGAAGGCUCUUGGCUCCAAAGAGCUGUCCGACGUUACGCACGAGACCUUCGGGAAUCCUGCGCAGGAGAGUGAGAAGCUGCAGACUGCUCCGUCGGAUGAGGUCAUCGACUCCGUCCUAAAACAGCUGGAGGAUGACCUUUGGCACGAGGUGCAAAGAGUGAAGCAACUCGACGACAGCCAAGAUGAUGAGCAUCGGAAACUGAGUUAA